CCCGCCGGUUGAAGUUGUCGUGAGGCGCGCUUCGUCGAGAACGGACGUGCCGCUGUGCCCUUUAGUGUCGACCAACCAACCCUUCACACACGGUGAAGAAUGUGCUUGUAGCGAAACCCUUAACAAGUCCAAGAGGGCACAAGAUUGAGGAAAGUGUACAAAGUGAAGGUAGCCUAGUGGCUUGUACAUAAGUGUGUACAUAGUGGUUGUUGGUGCUGGUGGAGAGCCAGCUCGUACACCGUUCGUGGAUACUGUGUAUCCUCUGCUGCCGUCCUUCUGCUGAGCGCCCACACCCUCACUCCAGCAGCCAUGGCCGAUACGGGCAGAACUGAUUCGUACCGGCACGCCACCGAUCGAACCAUCCCUGAUGAUAACCGAACUGUGAAAGGGGACCCCAAGUCAAAAAAGAAAAUGCCUAAGCCAAAGCCAAAGAAGGGGGAGAAGGAUAUGGAUAAUCUGAAGCAGGAGUUGGAACUUGAUGAGCACAAGGUCCCCAUUGAAGAACUCUACCAGCGACUUAGUGUGAACCCUGAUACAGGUCUAACACAGGCAGAGGCUCUCAGGCGCAUUGAACGAGAUGGUCCAAAUGCCCUCACUCCACCUAAACAGACUCCCGAGUGGGUUAAAUUUUGCAAGAACCUGUUUGGUGGUUUCUCACUCCUCUUGUGGAUUGGUGCCAUCCUUUGCUUCAUUGCUUACUCCAUUGAGGCAGCUUCAGAGGAAGAACCCAACAAUGAUAAUUUGUACCUGGGUAUUGUACUCACAGCUGUCGUGAUCAUCACAGGAAUCUUCUCAUAUUAUCAAGAAAACAAGAGUUCCCGUAUCAUGGAAUCCUUUAAAAACAUGGUUCCCCAGUACGCUAUUGUGGUUCGUGAGGGUGAAAAGCAGAAUGUGCAGGCUGAAGAGCUUUGCAUAGGGGACAUCAUAGAGGUGAAAUUCGGUGACCGAAUUCCGGCUGAUGUCCGUGUCAUUGAAGCUAGGGGCUUUAAGGUAGACAACUCUUCGCUAACUGGAGAAUCUGAACCACAAAGUCGUUCAUCUGAAUUUACAUCAGAAAAUCCACUGGAGACCAAGAACCUCGCUUUCUUCUCUACCAAUGCCGUCGAGGGUACUGCCAGAGGUAUUGUGAUCAACAUCGGGGACAACACAGUUAUGGGUCGCAUUGCUGGAUUGGCUUCUGGUUUGGAAACUGGUGAGACACCCAUUGCCAAAGAGAUCAGCCAUUUCAUCCACAUCAUCACUGGUGUAGCAGUGUUCUUGGGCGUCACCUUCUUUGUCAUUGCUUUCAUCAUGGGUUACCACUGGUUAGAUGCUGUUGUGUUCCUCAUUGGUAUCAUCGUAGCAAAUGUGCCAGAGGGUCUUCUUGCCACUGUUACUGUGUGUCUUACACUCACAGCCAAACGAAUGGCGGCCAAAAACUGUCUUGUAAAAAAUUUGGAAGCUGUUGAAACUCUAGGGUCCACCUCCACCAUCUGCUCAGAUAAGACAGGUACCCUGACCCAGAACCGUAUGACAGUAGCUCACAUGUGGUUUGACAACACCAUCAUUGAGGCUGAUACAUCAGAAGACCAAUCUGGCUGCCAAUAUGAUAAGACGUCUCAAGGCUGGAAGACACUAUCUAGAAUUGCUGCACUCUGCAACCGAGCAGAAUUCAAGACUGGACAGGAGUCUGUACCUAUCUUGAAACGUGAAGUCAAUGGUGAUGCUUCAGAAGCUGCUCUGCUUAAGUGUGUCGAACUAGCUGUUGGCGAUGUAAGGGGCUGGCGAUCACGAAACAAGAAGGUAUGCGAAGUUCCAUUUAAUUCUACAAAUAAAUACCAAGUAUCUAUACAUGAAACCGAGGAUAAGAAUGACCCCCGCUACCUCCUUGUCAUGAAGGGAGCCCCUGAGAGGAUCCUGGAACGCUGCUCGACCAUCUACAUUAAUGGUGAAGAAAAGGCUCUGGAUGAAGAGCUGAAGGAAUCUUUCAACAAUGCCUACUUGGAACUAGGUGGUCUUGGAGAACGUGUACUUGGUUUCUGUGACUAUAUUUUGCCUUCUGAUAAGUAUCCUCUCGGAUAUCCCUUUGAUUCAGAAUCUGUUAACUUCCCCGUACAUGGCCUUCGUUUUGUAGGAUUAAUGUCUAUGAUUGAUCCUCCUCGAGCUGCUGUACCCGAUGCUGUAGCAAAGUGCAGAUCAGCUGGAAUCAAGGUUAUCAUGGUUACAGGUGAUCACCCAAUUACUGCCAAGGCAAUUGCCAAGUCUGUAGGCAUCAUUUCUGAAGGUAAUGAAACUGUUGAGGAUAUUGCCCAGAGACUGAACAUCCCUAUUAAGGAGGUUGACCCACGUGAAGCAAAGGCUGCUGUUGUCCAUGGCUCAGAACUAAGAGAUAUGACAUCUGAACAGUUAGAUGAUAUCCUUAUUCACCACACUGAGAUUGUGUUCGCCCGUACUUCACCUCAACAGAAACUGAUCAUUGUUGAAGGUUGUCAGCGCAUGGGAGCCAUUGUUGCCGUGACUGGUGAUGGUGUUAAUGACUCUCCUGCUCUCAAGAAGGCUGACAUUGGUGUUGCUAUGGGUAUUGCUGGAUCGGACGUGUCCAAACAGGCUGCUGAUAUGAUCUUGUUAGACGACAACUUUGCUUCCAUUGUCACUGGUGUUGAGGAGGGCAGACUUAUUUUUGAUAACCUCAAGAAGUCGAUCGCUUAUACCUUGACCUCCAACAUUCCCGAGAUCUCUCCAUUCUUGUUCUUCAUGAUUGGCUCUGUGCCCCUUCCCUUGGGUACCGUUACCAUCCUCUGCAUUGAUCUGGGCACUGACAUGGUCCCGGCCAUUUCCUUGGCCUAUGAGGCUGCAGAAUCAGACAUAAUGAAGCGGCAACCACGAGACCCGUGGCACGACAAGCUUGUGAACUACAGGCUCAUCUCCAUGGCCUAUGGUCAGAUUGGUAUGAUCCAGGCCUUGGCAGGGUUCUACGUCUACUUUGUCAUCAUGGCAGAAAAUGGCUUCCUUCCACCAAAACUCUUUGGAAUUCGUGAACAGUGGGACUCAAAGGCUAUCAAUGAUCUGGAAGAUCACUAUGGCCAGGAAUGGACCUACCAUGACCGCAAAAUUCUCGAGUACACAUGCCACACUGCUUUCUUCGUUUCCAUUGUCAUUGUGCAGUGGGCAGAUCUGAUCAUCUGCAAGACCCGACGUAACUCCAUUGUUCACCAGGGAAUGAAGAACAUGGUGCUUAACUUUGGUUUGUGCUUCGAAACUACACUGGCUGCCUUCCUCUCGUAUACCCCAGGAAUGGACAAGGGUCUUCGUAUGUACCCUCUCAAAUUCUACUGGUGGCUGCCAGCUCUUCCCUUCUCAUUACUCAUCUUUAUUUAUGACGAGUGUCGCCGAUUCAUCUUGCGCAGGAACCCUGGAGGCUGGAUGGAAUUGGAGACCUAUUAUUAAGUUGUUUAUGGAGCACAAGAGUUAAAAGAGCUUAAGUGGCAAUCAUCACCUGUCACUAGCAGCAGCCUUCCCACAUCCAGCACUUGCCGCUAUUACUCGUGUUUCUCUGAUGCCCAAUAAAGGAAAUUUAAUAUCCUGAUAAGAACUAAUUUGUAGAUGAAGCUGAGAAUAAUUAGUGAAGGAGUGUGUUGGUGGCUCUAAUGUGCUCCCCUGUAUGAUUCCAUAACAUAUUUCUUUGUUACUUGCUGAGGAUUUUAAUGUCAUUAUGGUUGUUUCUAAUUUUCCCCAUUGUUAUAUAUAAGAUUUACAGUAAGUAACAUUGAGAUAUUUGUACAGAAUCCUGGUGAAGGAUGUAAUAAAGACAAAAGUGACACUUCAAGAAUGCACCAGACCUUGAAUUGAGGUUUAUACAGCCUCUAACUCCCGUUCCAGGCUGCAGGUGUGAGAAAGCAAGGGCUCUAAUGAGAAUUUAGGAAAAAAAAAAAGAAUUUAAGAGGUAUUUAAUAUAUAUAUAUAUAUAUUCUAAAAGAUUACACAUUCACACAUACACAAAUGAUAUACAUACAAAUACACAUAUUUAGUAUCUAUUCAGUGGCUCAAAAGAUAAUUUAAAAAGGUUUGUUAAGGUUUUUGGAAGAGAAGCUUUGCUUUCUGGCACAAGUAGCCCGGGUGAAGUUUGUCUCAUCUGUUAAAAUUUUUGUAAAUUUUAGUGCACAUGAGUAGAAGUGUGAUGGCUACAGAACUGCAGCCAAAAUAAAGUGUAAAAAAUAUUGUGUAGAUAGUCUGUAGACAGCCCCAUUCUUCAUGAACUACCUAGUUUGCAAGACUGUUUUCAUAUUGAUCAUAACCAUUAUUUGGAGUCGAGUUGUUACAGCUGUACUGCUCAAACCUUAUCCCACGUUUGUUGGUUAAUGUUUUAAUGCUUAGGUUAUUUUAUGUUCUCCCUCAAUGGACAUGUAUUAAUAUUUUUGCAUAUGUGCAGUAAAAUUGGAGAUAAUACAUUUUAACCUACAAAGUUGAUAUGUAAUUUAAUUUGAUCCCUUUACACAGUAAUGCCUUAUCUGCUCCAUACUUUGCUUAGGUUCUUGAAAUUUUUCUAAAGUGACGCAUUGGGUCCGUAACAUUCCACACUAAAGUACCAGUUAUUUUAAUUUUGCUAUAGAAGCCAGUCAUUGGUAGAGGUAGAGUUAUUAACUAGCUCCUAGGUAUGCAAAAAAAUUCCUAGCUCCAAACCUUAUGCUUUUUACCUUGAGAGUGAAGCCCAUUUAGACAGUGUGCAUGAAUUAGAAUGAAUGCAUGACUACAGUGUAAUAAGAUACUGGUCAUUUUCUUCAUUGUUAACCCAAGAGCAUUCAUCAUAACAAAAUUUGAGCCUUCUACCUCUGUAGUUCCUGCUCGGCUUCUACCAAGUCAUGUUGAAGCUUAGUUUUUGGUGUAAACAGAUAUUUAGUUUGUGGGUAGAUGAAUUAAGAGUGGUUGAAAUGUCUGGUUGUCUAAUGUUUAACCAUUCGGAAUGAAUCUCAAUGUCAUCAAAACUGACUUUGUUUACCACAAAAACUGUGCUGAAAUUAGCUGCCAGGUGUAGGAUCUUGUUGUUUUAGUUUAAAUUAUUUGAUCAUACUGUAUGUGAACCGUUGAUAGAGGUCUUGUUGUGGAGACUUGUGACAAGCAAGGAACUAUUGCCUCUGCGUGACCUGCAGCAAAACACUGUGGUUCUGUGUAGUAGCCAUUUACAGUGACUUUGUGCUUGUCAUCCUUCCAAGCUUCGUACUAAAGCAACUAGCUGUGGGUCGGCCUUUGUACAUAGGGGAUACAGAUAUCAUAAUAAUUAAUAGUAAGGACAAUAUUAAAUAUCAAGGCAACUAUAUCUUGUUAUAAAGCAGCAUUUAAUGUCACUUUAAUUUUUUUUUUUUUUUUUUUUUUUUUUUUCAUUUUUCUUGAUGGAGGCAGGGGAGGAGCUCACAUGCUCCUUUAUAAAGGUCUCAAAUGUUUGAGCACGAAACCAGUGCUCGCAGCAAUCAGAGGAUACCAAGGGAAUGUCACUUUUGUUCUAGUGUUAAUGUCAUGUUAUUCCCUACCUUGGUUUCCAUGUUCAUGAAGGGAAGAUUUUGGAAAAUGGUCACAAUAUUAUCAUUUUAUUUUAAAAGUUCAAUACUGGAUCCACUUCAAGUGCUGGAUUCAACAAUAAAGUGUUUGAAAAUU